AUGCCACCUCGGAUUUCGUUACAAUCGUGCCCGCGGUCCCUAAACGGACCCGUCUGCAAUUUGUUUGCGGGUUUAUCACUCGGACCUACCACGCAGACUCGGGCAGCUUCUUCAAAAAGGAAACAUAAAGAUCCAUUCACAGUAGCAGCAGCCCGGCAAAGGAAAGCAGCAAACGUGUCCCGACAGCGUGUAUUGCAAGAAGAGCGAACAGCGCGCCUGGGUCACCCCGUUACUGGAAUCCUAACGCCUUCAACCGAAGCCCUGCUCAAUGGACAAGUUCUCCCCAUUCCGCCUCGAUCAGAAACCAAUGAACCUGCCUUUCCACAGCCGCCGGAAAAUCUGAACUAUUUCCUUUUCUCUGACGAGCUGAACAACGCCCUUGACUAUUCUAAGAAGAUCUCCGAACCCGUGCCUACCCCCAAGGGGAAUACAUUCGACCCGGAAGCCGCCCAAGAAGCAAUAGCGAGGCAUGAAGAGAAACACAAGAUUGCGAAGGAAGCAGUGGAGCGCAUCACAAGGCUGAGCAAUGGCAACAGCGCGGAUCGCACCCGCUUGAACAUCCAACGCUGUAUCGCCAUGUUCGGCCGGCACAACACCGAUGGCGAGCUGGGCCCGAAGCCAGCACUGCCUGAGGGUACGUCUGGUCCUCAGCAUCCGCCCAAGCUACCGCGGGCGGGCCCGGACACCGGGUCGUCCGAGGUCCAGGUUGCGAUCCUGACCACGAAAAUACUGGCGUUGGCCAAGCAGUUAGAGACCACAUCGCACAAGGACAAGCUCAACAAGCGGAACCUGCGCCUGCUAGUUCAUCGGCGACAAAAACUGCUCAAGUACCUGCGCAGGAAGGAGCGAGGUGGCCCGCGGUGGCAGAACCUGAUAAGCACGCUAGGCUUGACGGAAGCGACGUGGAAGGGGGAAAUUAGCAUGUAA